UUUGCUUACGUUUUGAGAGUUUGAUGUAUGUGUUCCUGCUUUUAAAUCAUUUGUUUAUCAUAUUUCUAAAAUGGCCGAAUCGCUGCCGACUGCAGAAAAGAGUAGUAGGGAGCAAAAAUAUUCUAGUGAAGUUGCUAAAAGUGUAAAUGAGAGUAGUAUUAACAUUGGUAGUGAGUCUGAAAUAUUUACGGAAGAACGACUUAAAAGGUAUUUCGAAAAAGCUGUAUCUCUUACUCUACAAAAGAGUAUUUCUUCUAUGACAUUCUCAUUAUUUCAAGAAUCGUAUCCAGAAAUUCAUCGGAAGUGUCCAGAAGAGCUGCAUUACAUAUAUAAUAAGUUUAUAAGUGAAUUUAAAUCUGGAGUUCAAGAUGAUCUCAGUCUGUUAUUUGAGAACACCAAUAUCCGUGAUCUGUUAAUUGACCUUGAAAACAUGAUUCAAAAGCAAGCAAAUAAUGUUAAUGGUCCGUCAUGGAGACCAUCAGGAAAUCUAGAAGAAGAUUUGAGGGACCAUAUUUGUUAUGAGAAAAAGAAACACAAAGAAGCAAUGCAAUGUUAUUUGAGUAAAAUGCUAGCUCAGAAAGAAGCAUUCGAGGAAGAACUGUCACAAAAUGAUAAAGAAAUAAGAAGCCUCCUGGGAACUAUCAGAGCUCAGCAUCAGAAAGUCAAAGAAGCAAUGGGUACUUUAGAUUCAUCCAUGCUAAGCAAAAUACAAGAUCACGUAAUGGGAAAAAGUGCAGCAGAAAAAAGAUUUUUUUCUGAUUGUGAAUUUUAAAAUUUUUCCUAUAAACUAACUUUUAAUCUGAUUUAUUUUUAUGUCUUUGGUGGUAUAAUGUUUAAAAUGCCUUGUGUAUAUAAUAAAAAUAUUUUCUGCAUUUUCUUU